GCUGCAGACGCGGCUCCGAGGCCCUCACAGCGCGAGCGCUCACCGGAAACAUGGCUCGUCCGCGGCCGCGAGACUUCAAGGCGGGAGACCUGGUCUUCGCCAAGAUGAAAGGAUACCCGCACUGGCCCGCGAGGAUCGAUGAACUUCCAGACGGAGCGGUCAAACCCCCCGCUAACAAACAUCCCAUUUUUUUCUUCGGCACCCAUGAAACAGCCUUCCUGGGUCCAAAAGACCUCCUGCCGUACAGCGACUACAAAGAGAAGUUCGGAAAGUCUAACAAGAGGAAAGGCUUCAACGAGGGCCUGUGGGAGAUAGAGAACAACCCUGGAGUCAAGUUCACCGGAUACCAGGACAUUCAGCAGCAGAGCUCUUCAGAAACGGAGGAGGCGGGGAACGCGGCCGACGGCAGCAGCGAGGGGGAGGAGGACAACUCUGUGGAAGAUGAAGAUAACUUGCUGGAAGAGGAGAAGACCGGAUCCAAACAGAAGAAAACCUCCAAGAAGUCGCUCAAGCUGUUCAGGAGUUCACCUGCAGACGGAGACCUGGAGAAGGACGCCAAAGAUGGCGAGCAGAGGAGCGGCUCUGAGGGAGGAGACUUCAUUCAGACCGCUGCGGAGAGCAAGAAGCAGCUGCUGAUGGAGGAGCAUUAAGGAGGACUGCAGGAUACACCGUUGGAGAUGGGAUCUGUGCCCCCUGCUGGCAGCCCGAACCGCUUUCUUAUCUGGACGCUGAGUUUGUCAAAGGAGGAAUCUCAGGCUGGUUCUGGGAUCGGCCCGGGUUUCAGAGUCUCAGUCACACGAAUCUGAGCUUUUGAAACUGAAUCCAGAACCUUCUGAGCAGCUGUCAGUGAAGCCAUUGAUUUUAACGCAGAUUCAUUCAUUUAUCGAGGGGAACCGACCCAUCAACCAGUCAGUGACCACCUGGAGAACGCUGUGUUUCUGUUGGUCCAAAAGGGUCAUGUGACCAGGAGGUUCAAACCCUCCUGGUCACAUGACCCUCACCUGUACAUGCCCAUCCAAGGAUCUGCAUUCUGUUCACCUGUGUUCAGGUGCAUGUGGGAAACGCCAGGCUCACAUGUCUCUGUUGCAGCGUGAGGUCCUUCUCCUUAAGCGUCCAGCUCUUCCUCAGGAGGAGGGGCGUCCAGCGCUUCCUCAGGAGGAGGGGCGUCCAGCUCUUCCUCAGGAGGAGGGGCGUCCAGCUCUUCCUCAGGAGGAGGGGCGU